AUGGAUUCAAAUUCAACAAAGGAGAAGCUGCAUAACAGUGUUGCUGUUGCAGAUGGAGCUGACCUUAAAUCUUGUUAUAUGCAGAAGUUCAGACUCUAUGAGACUCGCUCGAAAUUUUACAUGAUCGGAAGAGACAAAAACAGAACAUUUUGGAGGGUCUUAAAGAUUGACAGAUUGGAGCCAUCCGAAUUGAAUAUUGUUGAAGAUUCAACAAUAUACUCAGAAAUUGAGUGUUGUGACCUUCUGAGGCGGAUACAUGAAGGAAACAAGUCUACAGGAGGGCUUAAAUUUGUAACAACUUGCUAUGGAAUCAUUGGAUUUAUCAAAUUUCUUGAGCCAUAUUACAUGCUGCUUAUAACAAAGCGAAGGAAGAUUGGCACAAUCUGUGGGCACAAUAUAUAUGCUAUCACAAAGAGUGAAAUGGUUCCAAUUCCACAUGCUACCUUGCGAUCGAAAAUGGCUUAUUCUAAGGAUGAGAACAGAUACAAGAAGCUUCUAUGCAGUGUGGAUCUUGCAAAGGACUUCUUUUUCAGCUACUCCUACAAUGUUAUGCUUAGUCUUCAACGCAACUUAUCUGAUCAAAAUACUACAGGACAAUCACUCUAUGAAACUCUUUUUGUUUGGAAUGAAUUCUUGACUCGUGGAAUCAGGAAUAGUCUCCAGAAUACUUCAUGGACUGUAGCAUUAGUAUAUGGCUUUUUUAAACAGGUCAAACUUUCUAUAUCUGACAGUGAGCUCAAUUUGACUAUAAUUGCUAGGCGCUCACGCCAUUAUGCUGGGACCAGAUAUUUGAAGCGAGGAGUAAAUGAAAAAGGUAGAGUAGCUAAUGAUGUUGAGACAGAGCAAAUAGUCUUUACAGAAGCUCGAGAUGGACACCCAAUGCAAAUCAGUUCUGUGGUGCAGAUCCGGGGUUCAAUCCCUCUGUUCUGGUCUCAGGAAGCCUCUAGAUUGAAUAUUAAACCGGACAUCAUAUUAUCAAGGAAGGACUCGAAUUUUGAAGCCACAAGACUUCAUUUUGAUAAUCUUGUCAAAAGAUAUGGAAAUCCAAUUAUUAUACUGAACUUGAUAAAGACUCGUGAGAAGAAGCCUCGAGAAACUAUUCUGCGAGCUGAGUUUGCAAAUGCUGUUAGGUCUAUUAAUAAAAAUUUGAGAGGAGAAAGUCGCUUGAGGUUCCUUCAUUGGGAUCUGCAUCGGCAUUCAAGAUGCAAAGCUACUAAUGUGUUGGGACAACUGGGAAAAGUCGCUGCAUAUGCACUGAAGCUGACUGGCAUCUUCUACUCUCCAGUGACACCAAAUAUGAAUCUAGAUGGAUUAACUCAACAUUCGUACUCUGAGAAUAACAAUGUCAUUGAUCAUUGCAUCACAGAACAAGCUAGCAUAAAUAAGAAUAAUGUUGAUAAAGAAACAGAAGUUAGGAAUUGUUAUUACAGGGAUGAUGAGAACAAAGACUACAGUGUCAAACCCCAGAUGCUUCAAUCCGGGGUGUUGAGGACUAAUUGCAUAGACUGUUUAGACCGUACUAAUGUUGCUCAAUAUGCUUAUGGACUGGCUGCCCUUGGAUGUCAGCUUCAAGCUUUAGGAUUUAUUGAGUCCCCAAAUAUUGAUCUUGAUAACCCUUUGGCCGAGGAAUUGAUGGAAAUCUAUGAGUCCAUGGGCGACACAUUAGCCUUUCAAUAUGGGGGUUCUGCAGCACACAACAAGAUAUUUUCUGAGAGAAGAGGUCAAUGGAAGGCAGCAACACAGUCUCAAGAAUUUAUUCGAACCCUACAGCGUUAUUACAACAACACAUAUUUAGAUGGUGAUAAGCAAAAAGCAAUUAACUUAUUCUUGGGGCAUUUUCAGCCACAACAGGGAAAACCUGCACUGUGGGAGCUAGAUUCAGAUCAGUAUUACUCUGUCAAGAAACAUGGCCUUUAUUUAGCAGAUGGCAGCGUUAGGUCAACUAUGAAGAGAUCUCUAUCAGAUGGUAACAUUCUCAGCGAAAGUGACACCACAAUUGGGAACUUGAAUGUUACAAAUUGUCAGAAUUCAUCUGAAAAACCUGAUAAACGUUUCCUUUCGGGGUCUACUCCGGACAUCUUUACUUGUGGAAGUGAUAUUUGUCAUUGCAGACAGAUAAAUGGAGGAAUGGUCAAGGGCCAACAUUGUGAGAGUGAUCAUAUUUGUUACGAUGAACAUGGAGAUGCAUGUGACUGCUCCAAUUUCCUUGAUGUGGACUGGCUUUCUUCUUCUGGAAAUUCUUGUGAAGAGGAAUUACUUGAAAGGUCAACCAGCAUCUCCUCGGAGAAUAUAGCAAAUGAACUAAUAACUACUGAGACAUCUGCAAGUGAAUCUGGAUCCAGCCUUAAGGCAAGGCAGAGUGGAGAAGAACUGAACAAAGAUAGGAAGUACAGUGAAAGAUUUGAACGUUGGGUAACUGAAGGGGAGAUGCAUUUUGUUAGAGAGAAUUGA